AUGAACUCACAAUUAGAUGACUCAAAAGAAAGUGUUUAGUCUCAAUCUAUGGAAAGAUAUCUGCAGGCAGAAUCAGUUGGCAAUUCCCUUUCCCCUUAAAGAUAAGUAUAAACAUCGAGGAAUACUCAAGUCGGAGCAUCGAUAUUAAAAUUGCAGAAUGGCAAAUAUAGCAAUUAAUAAAAUGUAUUCAAAGAAGCACUCAAUAAAAAAAUGACUGAAUUGCAUAAGAAAUAGCAAAAACCAAUUGUUGAGGCUCCUAAAUAUCAAAUAGAAAUUAAGUAAAAAUAGCCAAAAAAAAUGGAUAAGGUGCAGUAAAACAUUAAAAAUGUGUAACUUAAGGCAGAGGAAGUUAAGAAAAAGAAAGAAGAAGAAAAACAAAAAGAAGAGAAAAUGAAAUAGAGUAAAGUAGAACAUGCUUAAGAGGAUCUCGACGAAGUAUUUUAGGAAACAGUAAACAGAUUGUACAAUUAUGAAAAGUAAAGAUUGAAAUAGUUGAAUAAAAUGAUAGAAGAUGAAAAAAACAAAGAUAAAUUAAUUAUGACUGCAAGACCCAUGAUAAAUGAACGAAGUUGUAAAUUAUUAGAAAGAAAACUAAAGUAACUUGUAAAUGAGGAGGAGGAUUACAAAAUGAUAUAUUAAUUUAAAGAUGCAGAUGUUUAGGUUGAUCUAUUGCCAGGUUUGCCCAAACUGAAAGACUAUCUAUCAAUAAAUGUUAAGAAGACAAUCAAUUUGGGAUAGGAAAUUCAAAUCAUCAAGGAAGAGAAUAUAAUGGAACCUAUCGAUCCAGCUGAGGAUGUCCAAUAUAAAGAGGGUUCAUGCCAUGCAAUUGUAUAAACCAAUGAAAUUAAAUUUAAAAUUGGAGACACCAUUAAAAAGUAACAAUAGCAAUAACAGCCUUAACAAUAAUAAUAAAUAACCUAAUUUGCAACCCAGGAUACUCCUAAUAAAAAGGUGCAAAAUUAAAGACAAAAACGUUUAGACUUUAUGGAAGCCUAAGGACAGCGAGUUAAAACUGAAUGUUAAUAUUAUGUGCCAUUACAUAUUCGUUAAUAAAAAAUCAUUUAAAAAAAAGAGGAAUGGAUGAAAUCUUAGAUUGAACUCAAAAAGUAAAAGGAGGAGGAAUCCAUCAGAGCUGAAUAGGAACAAUGGGAAAAAGAGAAGUUGAAGUGGUCUAAAAGGAAAGAUCCAAAUAAAUCUAUGUAAUAGGAAAUUAAUGUUGAAGAGUUUGCAAAUUCUUAAAUCCAUUGGCUAGAAAAAAGAAAUGAACACAUUUUAACAGAGUAGAUAAAGAAGGAUAAGGACAUGCUAUCAUCAUUAACUUUUAGACCGUAAAUACAAAAAAGAAAUAUUGAAAAUUAUAAUACUACUAAAGUUGAAGAUAGAUUACUUGAUUAUCAAUAAAAAAAAUAAGAAAAUUUACAAAAACUAGAGAAUAAAUACUUGCCUACUUUUCAACCGAACAUUAACUAAAAAACUGUUCUUAAUAUGGAUUGGGCAUCAAAAAGCUUCAAUAAUACUUCUUCGAAUAAACUAUGGCAAUGA